UAAAAUAUACAAUAUCUAAUGAUUCCUCAACCAUAAGGAGUAUAUAUAUAAGCUUAAUCUGGUUUAUAAUAAUUAGAAAAUUUAUAAGGAGUUUUCAUCAAGUAGAAAUUCGAGGCUUUAGAGGCUUUAAUAGGUUACGAAACACCAAACGUAUAUAAAGUAUUUCCUGCUGAUGCGAACGGAAUAUAAUAAGGAAAUAAUACAAUUUUUAAAUGUAAAGAAAAGAGCAGUUGCUUAGCCCGAAAUUGCUUACCAGGAAGCUGUCGUCCAUUUAAAAUGAAGUGUAGUAAUUACUAAGGACAAGUGAAGGAGACUGGAUUUGAAUAAUCGAUGUUUAUGCUAUUAGAAAGGCCUUUUACUUGUACCUGCUUGUGCCUUGCGAGACCUGUUCUAGAUGUAAUUAUUGUUGAGAAUGGCUAAAAUUAAAAUAUUGGAAAAAUAAUAAGCCCUUGUCUGAUGUGUAGUUUAGGAUUAAAUAUAUAGGACGCUGUAGGAAACUUGAAAUAUACAAUUAUGGGUAGUCUUUGUUAAGUAGGAGUAUGCUGUAAAGGUUUACCAUGUGAAAGUUGUCAGACUGUAAGAUUCGAGUUAAAGGAUGCAGAGGGUAAAACGGUUUCUAAUAUCACUAAACUUACAACAGGAUGCUUAAAAUCAUGUGUGGGUGAUAGUUCGAAUUUCUCAGUUUGCUUUCCAUUGCAGUCUGCGGCGACGGAUAAAGCUUUGAUUGUCGCAUCUACAUUAUUUUUAGAUUAUAUGUAUUUCGAAGAGAAUCCUAAUGAAAAUAAUUAAAAUUAUUGAUUAAUUUAUAGGAAUAAUAUAU